UUGUUGAAUUAUUGGGGAGGACAAAGGCCAUAAACGAAUGGGGAAAGCGAAAGCAACUCUUUCUCUCUCCUCCCCCUCUCCUCUUCUUCAAUCCGCCCUCGACCCACUGCGAACUGGGCAUCGAAAGUGGCAGGAGAUAGCAAAAGCACGACGUUUGCACUCCCCACAGUGAACCCAUCAAGCCCCACCUUCUGCCUCCUCGCCCAUGUAGAGAGUCUCUCCUUGUCCUCUCGGCUGCUUGAAUUACUUGUGCUCCCUUCGUUGGUUCUUGGGUUUUCUUGAUGUGAAUCUUGUGGCGGGAGGAAGGAUGCCAAGGCCCGGUCCGAGACCUUAUGAGUGCGUCAGGCGAGCUUGGCACAGCGAGAGGCAUCAGCCCAUGCGGGGCACCAUCAUCCAGCAGAUCUUCAGGGUCGUCAGCGAGGCGCACAGCUCUGCUACCAAGAAGAACCGGGAAUGGCAGGAGAAGCUUCCCAUUGUUGUUUUCAGAGCUGAGGAAAUCAUGUACUCCAAAGCUAAUUCCGAGGCGGAGUACAUGGAUGCCGAUACUCUAUGGGAGAGGGUUAAUGAUGCCAUUAACACUAUCAUCCGGAGGGAUGAGAGCACUGAAACUGGAUGCCUCUUGCCACCAUGUGUUGAAGCUGCACUGAAUUUGGGUUGUGUACCUGUGAGAGCUUCAAGAAGUCAAAGGCACAAUAAUUUUAGGACUUAUCUGACUCCAAAAACACGGGAACCUGCUGUUGAGAUGUCUGGAACUUCAGAUAAACUAACUGACAGACGAUUUCCGCAGUCACCGACAGUUCAUUCUGCACAGUUUCUGAAGGUGGCGAGGUGUGAAACUGCAGGUUCCCAUCACUUGGCAGCGGAGCCUUCCAAUCAUGUCAUUGAAAGACAUGAACUUGCUUCUCCUUGCAGUCACCCUCUUCCAUUUGAGAGUAGUCCUCGAAGAUUUAACAGAUUAAUGACCAUGGAAACAAACUCCUUGAUGAACUUUGGUUCGGUAUAUCCCUUGUUUUAUGGAAACCACUACGAAGCUGAAGAGAUGCGGACGGUUUCACAAGUUCCAGAUGAUCCAGGCACCAUACUUGUUGGAACUCCCAUAGGAACAUCAAUUCCAGAGUCUACUGAAGCUGGUAUGCUGCACAAUGUUUUAUCCCAUAAUAGUUCUGAAGGUACUUUGAACGUCAUCGGCAGAGUCAAUUCCAGAAACACCGGUGCGAAAUCAUCAGAGGAAAAAUGUGACUUGUCAUUACGGUUGAGUUUGAAUUCGGAUCCAUGUGCAAACAUGAGAAUUAGUCCAGUUCCUGAAGCUGAGGAUUUUGACUUAAAUUGUUCCCAGGAGAGAAUGGAGCUUACUGCAUCACAAAUGCAGGUUAACGAGGAAUUCUGUUUUCUGCCGAGCAGAACCUCAACCAUGGAACAGCUCGAGUUCUCGCCACGUAAAUGGAUUUCAGAUGAUGAGGGUAGGAUUUUGGAGGCAGCGAUUAGGAAGCGCAAGGAACCUUUUGGAAACAAUGAGGGAGCUGGGCAAUUUUUCUGGCAACCAGAUUGUCAACGCAAUUUGGGUACUGGUUUAUAGACACUUGUCUUGCAGCUAUAUCAAUAUGCCUAUUAGAUCAGAAAUGCCCUAAAGUAGGCAUCUGCCCUUGAUUUACAUAGUCAACGAUCGUAGUGUUACCUGCUUCUGAUGGCUGCUAGUGUUCAUCAUGCAAAAGUUUAAACGACAAAACAAACCAAGCUUUCUCAUCUCAGACAAUUGGUGGGGAAUUUUCUUUAUAUGGACAUAUGUGGAUUCAGACACUUUCUUGGCGCAUGUUAAGUUACAUUGUGCAAUGGGCCAUCUGGGAACUGAUGUCUGACAGAGGGUAGAUGCAGCAUUGCCUCUGUUCGAGAAUGAGAUAUUAACCAGCUCCUAUAUGAGAUUUUUUAGUGAGCAUAUAAAUGCAAGAAUGUCCUCACGUCAGAAGGCGAUGUCUUAAUGGUACCAUUGUCUUGCUGAAGAGCUCAUUGGCUUCUCAAAAAAUAUCCAGCUAGUUGUGCAGUGCCCAGCUGCCAUAUUUUUAUGUUGGUUUUUCUGUGAGAGUUCAGAAUUUAGGAUGAACUAAAUGGUCUGUUGGACGAAGGAAAAGACACAUGCAGGGUGGCAUCAUCUAUGGGGAUGCCAUACCCUCUCUGGCUCGAUUUUCCAACUGAAUGGUGACGUUCUCUCUGACUUCUUAUUUUGGAACUUUUUUUGGGGGGGUUGUCAACUAACUCGAGCAGAUUGUGCUCAUGCCUUCAUGGCCUGGUCAAGAGUCCUUAGAGAAGGUGUGUCAAAGGUUGAAUGAAAUGAAGCAAUAAGGUAAGAGACAAAGUUUAACGAGAGAGGAAAAUAUGAGAGCGGGGUCGAUCUGAUCUGAUAUGGUGAGAGAGUUUAAUUAGGAUGGUUAGUUUUGAUGAUCAGUAUGGUAGCUGUAGUCUGAUCUGAUCCUUGUUGGAUCUUGUUGUAUUGGCUUGUAUCAGGAGUUAGUCACCCUGUGUGGUGGUCGGGAACGUUAUUUUUGUAAGCGCCAUCAAGAAAAGAGAUUAGCCUUCAGUGUGCGGCUUAAGGCACACCAAAGGCCUGCAUGAAAGAUCUGUUCUAAGAAAAUGAUGAGCUCUUUCAAGUCU